ACCACCCUCCUCGUGGCCCUCAAGCCGGAGGAGCGGAAGCGAGAGGAGGAGCCCACCGCCCUCACCCCGAGCGUCUCCAAGACCUACCAGCAGCUAUGGCGUAUCCUCAAGCUCCCUCCCGUGCGCUCCAUGUGCCUGGUGCUCCUGACCGUCAAGGCGGGCUUCGCCGUCACGGACGCCGCCACCAACCUGAAGUUGAUCGAGUACGGGAUGCCCAAGGAGGAGAUUGCCCUCAUGUCUCCGCUCCUCAUCCUCACGGGUAGGGCGCCAUACCCCCCUCACCCCACCCUUCCUGCCCUUCCCUUUCUUUCUCUUUCCCCUCCCUCCUUUCCGCCUUCUCCUCCCCCUCCUCUUCUUGACCCUUCUCCUUCCCCCCCCCCAUCC